GUCUCAUCACGUUCUUGCAUCUCUAGAUUCCAGAAAUACUGAUAAAUACUGUCCGAGGGAAUGCUGCGACGAUAUGCCACGGUAGCGUCCAAGCCUCCUUCCCGGCUGAGAGCACGAGGAAAGAGUCCUGUUGGCCUUGAUCAUUUUAUUCAGCGGCAGCGCGUGUUGGCGUUGUGGCGAGAGAUCGUUCGGAGUACCUCCAACAUUCCGGAUGAGGCGGCGAGAAAAGACAUGCGACAAUUCGCAAGAUUGGAAUUCGAGCAACAUCGUGAAGUAACUGAUUUGGGCCAUAUUCGAUAUCUGAUCUCGUACGGAAAGACGCAAUUCCAGACUAUGAAAGGCACCCUCAUCAACUCUGGAGUGCUUACUGAAUAAACUUCUUGCUUUAUUAUCUCGAACAUGUAGCUGGAGUCGUGUCUUUCGUUGCGCUUGAUGCUUAUUGGCUGGCUCCACGAGGGGCAUUUUAGCGCAUGCAUCGCAGACCUCAAGACUGUCUUACUCCCCUAAACACCACUCAAUAGUCAUCCCCCAACCGCAUUCUCUUUCAAGCCUUGUUCUUGAUCUGAUUUUCUGUCGUGGAUUGCCGUGCAAGUCAGCCUUCUUGCUGUGGGGCAUGUCCGGAGGAAAACUCUCGGCUUAUUCGAUCAUGGCCUCCACUACUCAGAAGUCUGUAUUGAUCGUUGGUGCAGGCCCUGCAGGGCUAGCUGCUGCCAAGAUCUUCAAACAGAAUAAUUAUCUCGUUUCUGUCUAUGAGAAAGCAGAUCGUGUAGGUGGGAUUUGGAGGGACAAGCAUGGAGGACCAGGCGACAAAUGCUGUCCGGAAAUGCGGACAAAUCUAUCACGUUUCACAGUGGCCUUCUCUGACUUUUCCUGGAGAUCAAUAGAUAGAGAAAUCCCUGAAUCUGCUCCAAAUGCACCGAUCAAUCCACCUAUGUUUCCCAAGGCAUGGCAAGUGGGGCGUUACCUCGAGGCGUACGCAAAGAUGUCUGGCAUUGCCGAGAAUGUGCUGCUCCAAAGGCACGUUGUCAAUGCGUCGCUCCAAGAAGACAAUACCUGGAAGAUUGUGAGCGAAGACGGUUCCGGCCAGGUCCACUCGGACACAUUCGACCGUCUGAUCGUCGCCAGUGGCUUCUUCAACAGACCCGCUCGUUCUUUCGACCCCACAGCAUCUAGAGACCAUCCUCAUAUCCAGCACUCCUCGAAGUUUCGGGGCCUUUCCGAAUUGGCUACUUCCGCUGGCAACGUCGUCGUCAUUGGGGGUGGCAUUAGCGGCUCAGAAGCUGCAGCGCAAGCUGCCUUUCAAAUCUCCAACGCCAAACACUCCCCCAGCAAGGUCAAACCUGUCCACAGUCGCAGCCAGAUCUACCACAUAGUCAACAGGCCUUUCUAUUGUCUCCAUCGCUAUCUUCCCCAGGAUCCUCAAGCAUCCGGCGAGGGGUUCAAUCCAGCGCCAAAGUUUCUUCCCAUCGACCUUAUCCUGUACAAUCUCUCACGGCGCGGGGCUGGCGAGAUCUCGGCAGCAAUCACUACCAUACCACCUGAGAAGGCGCAAAAAGGGCACGACUUCCUACGAGCAAGUUUGGGAGGCGACCAAAGCGAUGUGGGUCGACCGGAGCUGGUCUACAAAGAGGAGCAGACGCAACACCCUGGGUAUACUGGUAUAACCGACACGUACAUGGAGUUUGUGCGCAGCGGAAUCAUUGUUCCGGUACGAGGAUGGGUAGAGAAUGUCAAACAGCAAGCGAAUGGCGAGCUUCUCGACAUCAACCUCCAACAAUACGAGCCGUGGUAUCAUGCAACGGACAACGAGCCAUCAGAAAAAAGCAUAAUCAGCGAUGUGGUUGGUAUUAUCGAAGCAACAGGCUACAAAGCCGACCUUAACUGGCUCGACUCACGUGUCAGAGACCUGCUCGACGACGACGACGCUGCGCCGAAUGCACGUAUACCCUAUCUUCUCUCGCGUGGAUCGAUACUCGCAUCCCGGGUUCCUACAAUCGGCUUUGUCGGUUUCUACGAAGGACCGUACUGGGGCGUCAUGGAGCUCCAGGCUCAGUUCCUUGCGCAAACCUGGGCCAAACUCGAAUCUACAAAGGCAAUAGGCCUACCUGACCGCGAAAUCUAUAGAACCAAUUCGACGAAAGACAUGCGAGUCGCCAUGAAAGAGAACCCUCUUCAGAUUCCGCAAUUCUGGAUGGCAGACUACGUUGGCCUCAUGGAGGAGUUUGCGCGGGAAACGAAAGUCACACGCGCCGAUUCUGCGUUCAACGGCCAAACAGGCCCAGCCUUUCCCUCUCGAUACCAAGGCGACGAUGCUUCCCCGGAGGCUAAAGAAGUCGUCAAAGAGGUUACCGAUGUCAUCAAGGCGUCUAACGAGGAAGCCCUCUUCAAUCACGCACCAACACCCCCCGGGGGCACUUUCAACGGAACAGCACACUUCCAUCCACGCGAGCCCACCUCUCCCGCAUACUACACCGCAGAAUACCUAUACGUUGAAGAGGGCACAUUUACAAUGGACACUGGUCUCUCUUUCCCCGCAACUCGAAGAUACGCGUAUCGUUACAACGAGGCCACCGAUAAGAUCACAGCAUGGUUCGUGGAUGAAGACAACGAAAGUGUCAGUACGCUGUUCAAUACGUGGAACUUCUUCACCCCCGAAGACAAGACGAGUGGAUGGAUGGCUAAAGGACAUCAUUGGUGCGACCCGGAUACCUACCGCAAUACCUGCGAGUUCAAGUUCCGGGGAGCCAAGAUUGAUAAGUUCAUGAUAAGGUACCAGGUCGAAGGACCGAAGAAGGAUUACUCGCAUGAGAGCUGGUAUGAGAGGCCUCAAGCAGUUGGGGUUGUAGCAUAG